AUCACGUUCCACACUCAUCAUCUGCCAUCUAAGACAUCUGCGGUUUAUCUAUUUUUUUUAAAUUUCUUUCGAUUUUUAGGCUAUAACGAUUUACCACACCUGACAUAUUUUCCCUGGCGUUUGCCGUGAUGCUCUAUAGCCUAGAUUUAAUUCACGACUAAAAGAAUGGCAUGAAUUAAAUGUGCUUUUCUAUAGUUCUACUCAGACGCGCAUCACGUGUUUCGGUUCAAUUCUCAGCCAGCGGUUUCCAUGAACUGAACUAUAGGCUUCAAUGCUCAGAUUGCUCCAGUUCUCCGGGUAUGUGGUCGCUUGUCAAAGCCGGACUGAAAUCCACAACCAAAAAAUGAAAAUUCUGAGAAAUUGAUUGAGGUGAUUAUUGAAGAUAGCGAUAUUUCGAUUGGACAAGAAAGCAUAUGGAAAACUGGAACCAGGGGUUCGGGCAGGGGUUCUGCUACGAAGAAGUUUCAGAGUGGAUGUAACAUCGACACGUGAAAGCUCUGCAGCCUCAUAGGCUUCUUCAGUUCAGAAAAAAAGUACUUGGGUGUGAGUUGAACCAAUGACGAAAGAUUACAACAGAGAAACUCCUUCCCCUGAAGACACCAUUAUCUUCCUUAGAAAGAUGGAGGUUCCAUCUAAAGGGAGGUGGACCCCAGACGACGUCUCCUCUACCCCAUCAUCUUCAGGGAUGCAGAGGUCCAGUUGCUCCAGUCUGAAGAUGUUCCUGGCUGCCCUGUCCUUUGCCUACUUCUCUAAAGCCUUGUCUGGGAGUUACAUGAAAAGUACGAUAACCCAGCUGGAGAGGAGAUUUGAUAUCCCAAGUUAUUUGAUAGGUGUUAUCGACGGGAGCUUUGAAAUAGGUAACCUAUUGGUGAUAGCCUUUGUGAGUUAUUUUGGUGCCAAGCUUCACCGACCUAAGAUCAUAGCGAUCGGAUGUGUCCUGAUGUCGUUUGGGACGUUCCUCAUCGCCAUGCCUCAUUUUAUUUUAGGACGCUAUAAGUUCCAAUCGUCAGUUAGAGCGUCCAUGAAUUCAACCACUACCUUCGGUCCAUGUCCAGCAAGCUCAGCUGAGUCCACACAGGCAGGUGACAAGGCCUCUAUACUGCCGUAUGUAGGCUGUGAGCAAGAGUCCAGUGUGUCUAUGUGGAUCUAUGUGUUCCUGGGUAAUGUGUUAAGAGGGAUAGGAGAGACUCCUGUACAUCCGCUGGGAAUCUCCUAUAUAGACGACUACGCCACAUCUGAGAAUGCAGCCCUUUACAUUAGCUGUGUCCAGACCAUAUCAAUCAUAGGUCCUGUCUUUGGCUACUUACUAGGAUCCUUGUGUGCCAAGAUAUACGUUGACAUAGGAUACGUGAACAUGGAGACUAUCACCAUCACCCCAGGCGAUGCCCGCUGGGUCGGGGCGUGGUGGCUAGGGUACCUCAUAGCCGGGGCUAUCACCCUCAUGUCUGCCGUACCCUUCUGGUUCCUGCCCAAGUCGCUGCCCAUGCCCGUGGAUAAGCAACUUAAUGCCAACUGCACCCCAGAACAGACCCGGUUCAUCAAGGACUCUCCCUCAGCCAUGGAACAUAAGUUUAGACCAGAGGAACCGGCCAACUUCCAUCAAAUGGCUAAAGAAUUUGUUCCAACAUUGAAGAGCUUACUGGGAAGUCCAGUCUAUAUAACCUACCUCUGCGUGACCAUUAUUCAAUUCAACUCUCUCAUCGGCAUGGUAACCUACAAGCCCAAAUACAUUGAGCAACAUUACGGACAGUCAGCAUCAAAAGCCAACUUCCUAAUGGGCACGGUCAACAUCCCCGCAGUGGCUCUGGGGAUGUUCUCAGGGGGUGUGGUCAUGAAGAAGUUCAAGCUGGGCGUCAUGGCAGCUGCUAAGUUCUCCUUCGGGACCUCCCUGCUGGGGUACUUCCUGUCCCUCUUCUUCUUCGCCAUGGGCUGUGACAACGCCAAGGUGGCUGGGAUAACCAUGUCAUACACAGGGGUGGAGGGGUUGUCGUACCAGCAGCCAUCUCUGUUCUCUGAGUGUAACUCCGGUUGCCUGUGCUCCGGGAGUGACUGGGACCCUGUCUGUGGAGAGAACGGGAUCACGUAUGUGUCCCCCUGUUUGGCUGGCUGUACAUCCUCUACCGGAGCAGGCAGAAACACGGUGUUUGACCAGUGCAGGUGUGUGGCAGUGACAGGGGCAGGUUCUCAGCCCAGCAACCUGACUGCCUCCCUGGGUCACUGUCCAAUCAGAGACAGCUGUGACACAAUGUUCCCCUACUUCCUCUUCUUGUCUGUCAUCACUUCCUUCAUCAUCUCUCUGGGGGGAACGCCAGGCUUCAUGCUUCUCAUCAGGUGCAUUAAGCCUGAGUUUAAAUCCCUUGCUCUUGGAGUCCACACGUUGGCCACCCGGACCCUGGCUGGCAUCCCUGCACCUAUCUACUUCGGAGCCGUCAUAGACACGACCUGUUUAAAGUGGGGAAUCACACAAUGUGGAGGAAGAGGAGCGUGCAGAAUCUACAACACAACAGCCUACAGGGUAGUAUACCUGGGUCUGACUAUGGGCCUGAGGACUGUCUCUUUCUUCCUGUGUAUACUGGGCUUCACUCUACUCAGGAGACACGUCAAGCAGGAAGAGAAAAUGGCACUGACCAAUGGGAAUGUAGAGAUGGAGGCCGAGUCUCUCAGGAAAGAGGAGAGCAACAGCUCUUUACACUGUGACCAGUUUGUAAGAGCGCUGGACUGUAACCCUGACAGGGAGACACGCCUUUGAUGGACCUCAAUAGCUCAACAUAGAUCGACUCCAAGACUGAAUGAAACUGGUGUCGUUGUAUCGUCCCUUUGCCUACAUAAAGCUAGUUGUGAUGUCCUCCAAGUGGGUUAACCCUGUCGGAGUAGACUGUGUUUAGCAAGUUCGCCAACAGUCUGAGAGGCCCAUGUUUGCACUGUCGCCGUUCACUACAACGGUAAUCAUUUUGACAGUACCAGUGUUAAUUAUUUUUGGGGUGAAUAUUCAGCAAAUAUUUUUGUGAAAGGAGUCAGUACCCUGCGCUGGUACUCCAUACCAUUGUGUAUCUGCUCCACUGACCCACUACAUGCCCCUAAAAUCUCCUUUUAAAGUAUUUUCCCACCCUGAAUACAAGUGAUUUAGCGAGGAGAGAAGAGCAUAAAGUCUAUUUGUACUGUACUCCUGUAGAUGAUGUGAAAUAAAUGGUUUAUUUUUGUUUAUACAAUAUCUAGUGAAAGUAUACACACCCCUUGCAGUAUUCACAUUUUGCUACAUUACAUUUUUUAUCUAAAAAUGGAUUACAUUAGAUAUUUUUCCUUCAGAUCUACUCAACUCCAUAUUUUCAAAAAGUGAAAGUUAUUUCAAAGAUUACACUGAGUUAAAGUUCAAAUAAGGAAAUUGAAAUUAAUUAAUUAGACCCUAAUUUAUGGAUUUCACAUGACUGGGAAUACAGAAAUUAAUCUAUUGGUUACAGAUACCUUUUAAAAAAAAGUAUGGGCAUGGAUCAGAAACGCAGUCAGUAUCUGGUGUGACAACCAUUUGCCUCGUGCAGCUCAACACAUCAUCUUCGCAUUGAGUUGAUCAUUCCCACUCCUCUUCAAUGGCUGUGCGAAGUUGCUGGAUAUUGGCGGGAAUCAGAGCAUCCCAAACAUGCUCAAUGGGUGACAUGUCUGUUGAGUAUGCAGGCCAUAGAAGAACUGAGCCAUUUUCAGCUUCCAGGAAUUGUGUACAGAUCCUUGCAACAUGGGACAAUGCAUUAUCAUGCUGAAACAUGAGGUGAUGGCGGCAGACAAAUGGCAAUGGGCCUCAGGAUGUUGUCACUAAAAUUGUGUUGUUUGUCCGUAGUUUAUGCCUGCCCAUACCAUAACCCCACCGCCACCAAUGGGCACUUUGUUCACAAUGUUGACAUCAGAAAACCGCUCACUCACACGAUGCCAUGCACGUGGUCUGCGGUUGUGAGGCCGGUUGCACAUACUGCCAAAUUCUCUAAAACAACUUUGGUGGCUUAUGGUAGAAAAAUUAACAUUCACCUCACCUCAUUCACCUCAAAAUUAACAUUCACCAGAAUUGACAUUCUGUUGGACAUUCCUUCAGAAAGCAUAUCAAUUGCGCGCUCCCUCAACUUGAGACAUCUGUGGCAUCUUGUUGUGUGACAAAACUGCACAUUUUAGAGUGGCCUUGUAUUGUCCCCAGCAUCUGUGUAUCAUGCUGUUUAAUCAGCGUAUUGAUAUACCACACCUGUCAGGUGGAUGGACUAUCUUGGCAAAGGAGAAAUGCUCACUACAAGGGCUGUAAACAAUUUUUUG